AUGACCCCAGCUCUGAGGGAAGCAACAGCAAAGGGUCUCUGCUUUUCAGCUUUGCCAAGUGCCAUGGAGUCUGACAAGAUGCUGUGCAUGGAGAGUGCGAGAACUAUAGAUGAAAAUCUGAAGGGAGACGCUUUCUCUCAGUUGCUGGGAUUUCCAACUCCGGAACCCACUCUUAACACUAAUUUUGUGAAUCUAAAACAUUUUGGCUCUCCCCAGCCUUCAAAACAUUAUCAGACAGUUCUUCUAAUGAGUUCUAAUUCUACUUUAAAUAAAUACAAUGAAAAUUAUAAACAAAAGAAGUCAGGGGAACCCAACUGCAAUAAGCUGAGGAGCAUCCUGCGUAACGGCAGCAAUAUUCAGCUCAGUACAGUGUGCCAUUCGCGUUCUGAAGAGUUCAUUAAGAAGGAACCUCUGUCAGAUCCAAGCCAGUGCAUGAAAGAUACACAGGUCAUUCUGGAGUCAAAUCUGAUUAAAGAUACCAGUGCAGAUACCAAAGCACAACUGCAAAACUGUAAACAGUUCCAAAAGAACGCCCUUUUGGAUAAAGUUACUGAUGCUGAUGUUAAAAAGAGUUUAUUGUACUGUGCUCAAAAGAAACCUGGACCUGGCCUCUCCAAUGUGCCUAAUAGUUCCUCAGCUGCUGUGAAAGAGGAGGAGGUGAAUGCACGUUUACUUCACUGUGUAAGCAAACAGAAAAUUUUACUGAGCCAGGCGAGAAGAACUCGGAAGCACUUGCAGAUGCUCCUGGCAAAGCACGUUGUUGAGCACUAUGGUCAGCAGAUGAAAUUUUCUAUGAAGCAUCAGCUGCCCCAAACGAAAAGUUUUCACGAACCUACCUCGGUUUUGGAUCACAGUUUAUCUAAGUGCACCGAAGUUAAGCCAGAGGUCAACGUACUGACUGCAGAGAAUAAACUGUGCGUUGAUACACAGAAUGGCUUUGCUCGGUGCACGGCUGCAGAGAUCCAGAAAUUCGCACUGUCUGCAGCAGGGCUGCUGUCGCACGUCGAAGAGGGUCUGGAUUCUGAUGCAACUGACAGCAGCUCUGAGGAUGAUGCGGAUGAAUUUGCCAUUAGAAGAAACGUGUCCGUUGACUGCAGUACUGAAUGGAAGUGGCUGGUAGACCGGGCAAGAGUUGGCAGCCGAUGGACGUGGCUUCAAGCCCAGAUUUCAGAGCUAGAAUACAAAAUCCAACAAUUAACAGAUAUCCACAGGCAGAUUCGUGCUUCGAAGGGGAUAGUGAUCCUAGAAGAAAGUCAGCUUCCAAAAGAUAUUUUGAAAAAACAAAUACAGUUUGCAGAGCAAGCAGCUUCCCUAAGCACUACAGAGAAUCUUCAGGUUUCCCAGAGGAGUCAAGAGCCUUUGCCAGAGCAAGAUUUUGAAAUGUCACCAAGCAGUCCAACACUUCUCCUUCGAAACAUAGAAAAACAGAGCGCACAGCUGACGGAGAUCAUCAACAGUUUGAUUGCACCUCUCAACCUAUCUCCAACUUCAUCACCCCUCUCCUCCAAAUCCUGCAGCCAUAAGUGUCUCACUAAUGGCAUUUCCAGAAGCUCUUCAGAAAAUUUAGAAGAAUUCUCUUCAUCCAGUAGCUGGUUAGUUAAUCAGAAGCACAGUAAAAAAAGGAGAAAAGACAGGAUAAGACUGAAAUCUCCAUCUCUGACUCUAAGUACGGCAGCCCGAACAAGACCCCUUCAGAGUUUCCAAAAACGAAAACUCUACAGAUUGAGCCCCACUUUCUAUUGGGCUCCUCAGAUUUUGCAUUCAAAAGAAACAUCAUUUUUAAAUCCUACAAAAAUGCCUUGCCUGCAGUCAGCCCCCACCGGGACCCACUGUGAACACAGUUCAAAGGUGCAGAAUCUACGAGAGCAUGUUUCCGACCUAGAUUCCUCUUUCCAUUCAGUUCUUUCACUGCCAUCAGAUGUGCCUCUUCAUUUUCACCUUGAAACAUUAUUUAAAAACAAUGAAAUGAGAGGAGACCUUGCUGCAAAUCAAAUUGUAGGCGACUGUAUCUUGUCACCAUCACCUGUACACAGCACUUCCUUGAAUCAGUGGAGAAAAGGAUAUUCGUCUAUGUGUAAGCCUCAAAUAAGGUCAGAAUCUUCUGUACAGCUGUUACAGGCAAGAAAGAAAAGACAUUUGAGUGAAACAGCAGUAGGAGAAAGGGAUAGAUUUGAGGAAUUUGCUUUCCAACACACAGAACCAGGAUCCCAUUGCAAUUUUUCUGCUGUCUCUAAUUUCCAUGUUAUAUCAAGAACCCAGAAUUCAUCAUCACAAAGUACUGCACGACGGAGGUUAAGAAGUGAAAGCUCUUAUGACAUAGAUAACAUUGUGAUUCCUAUGUCAUUAGUAGCCCCUGCUAAAUUAGAAAAACUCCAGUAUAAAGAAAUACUGACUCCAAGCUGGAGGAUGGCUGUUCUUCAGCCUCUGGACGAAUGUAACUUAGGUGAAGAGGUAGAAGAUCUUUCUGAUGAUGUGUUUUCUCUAAGACACAAAAUAUAUGAAGAGAGAGAGCAAACCAGGUGGUCACUGUGGGAACAAAGCAAGUGGCACAGGAGAAAUAGCAGAGCUUACAGCAAAAAUGUGGAUGGACCAGAGAUGCUUGUGAAGGAAGCCGCAAAUGACCCCGGUGGCAGUCAGCACCGUGCUGCCCAGAGUCCCCCUGAGCCGGCCCCAGCAUGCCAGGACACCAGUGCACAGGGCUCACCCUCAGGCGACAGCCCAGAAAUCAAGUCUCUGUGGUGGGAAAGACGGGCUUUUCCGCUGAAGGAUGAAGACCAGGUGGCCUUACCCGGCCACGGUGAAGGACAGGAGCAUCCCGGGAGGCCGAGAGCCGCCUUCCGCGGUGAUGUCUCUGGUACCAGUGCACCAGAGAGCGGGCACCAGGCGACCAGCCAGCUCGACGCGAUGCCAGAAUACUCAGCCUUCGGUCUAGGACUUUCUCAGGUUAAAAAUAACAGGUGACAGGGAACAGGUAAAGAAAAGGAUGUCAACGAAGAGAAGACAGACGCAGACACGAGCUGUGUCCUGGACCUUCCACGCCCUUUCGCCCAAUUCAAGAGUAAGAACGGACUGCACGUUUUCAUCAGUUAGGCAGUCUGUGAAACAGGCGAGAGAAGCCUCUUUGCUUCUCAGAGCGCAGAAGUAGCUGGCUUUCCACCUCUCGGCAAAUGCUCAUCAUAUGAACUAUAAGCACCAAUAUAUUAACUGCUGCAAUCUGAUGUCCAGUCACAUUACUGGGUAUUAGUAAGACGCUACACCCCCAUACCCAGACAGACACACACACCCCUGACAUCAAAUGACGAUUCCGCUUUCUAUUCCUAUGACAAUUCAAUGAAAUUCCCUGGGAUACAUAUUGGAAUGUAUACACACACGUCACACGCCUAGACUGAAAACGGCACCAGCAGUGACCCAUUCCACUAGGAAACCCACACAGGGAGCACCUAUGAAUGGAAGCUGCGACACACAACGCAGGUCUGCAACAAGGAGAGACAUCUAAGUCUAGAUGAUGGAGGAGUACUUUUGGCUUUUUAUUUGUGAAGUUUGUUUAAACAACAAAAGUUACUUGAGGAAACUCUAGCAGAUAACAACACAGUCAUCUAUUUAAGUGCUGGUAUCUGCAGGACUAACCACAGGGUACUGUUUACUCAUAAUGGAGUUAGGAUAGGCAAACCAGAGUUAAGUAUCAGUGUGAUUUUAAACUGUUACAUCUUUGAAAACUCAUUUUGCCUACAUUAUUUUAUGUAUCACAUGAAGAAAAAUCAACUUAAAACAUGUGGCACAAACAGUAAAGCCCUUCGUAACUUUUUUUAAUGGUUGUAAUUCUGGCUCCUUCGGCCCUAUAUCGCUGUAACUAUGGAAAUAAAACUCUACUCUUACCUGCAUCCCAUGCAUUAAAAUGUUCAAAGGACAGUACUUCAGUAUCAGAAACUCAGGAGCAUACAUUAAGGAAGAUCUCUUCUGAAUCGGUAAAGCUGGUUUUUUUUCUGUGACAGUUGAGAACAAUCUGUGUGUAUCCACAUAACUGAAAACUCUGGCCACCUGGCCUAGUCUAUGGGACUUAGCAGUAAGUUUUUUUUCAGGACUGGAAAUUAUUCCAUUCCCUUUGAAGGAAACAAACAUUGCAAUUCAAUACUGACAAACUUGUGCUUGUAGUUUUACUAUACAUUUAUUUUUAAAGAGAAAGAAAACAAAAGCCAGACAAACCCAGGUUGUCCUGGUAAAUAAAUUUAAAUCUUCGUCAUGUCUAAUAUUAUAUAAUCUAUGUAAGAUUUUUAAUUAAAGUUAUUUCUAUAUGCCUUGUGUGACAGAAUUAAAUGCUACCUAUUCAUGGCAUGACCUCCUUCUAAGUCAAAAUUAAAACAAUAGUAACAAAUUUUUAUUCACAGUGUAAGAAAAAACCUAACUUCUAUUCCAAGCACAAGUAUUAAUGCAAAUAUUCUGAGUCUUACUUCUCGAGAAAUGUAAUACUGGUCCUGUUACUUCUUGCCACAUUUAUCAUACAGUAAGAGUGUUCACAAAACUCUGGCACCUCUCUGCCUAGCUGGUCUAUCUUGGAAUAAAAUAUAUAUUCUUGGGUCAGGAUCCAUAGUUCCAGAACAUUCUCAGCCACCUGAUGCUGCUACAGGGUACGGUCAGACUGAAAAUGUUAAAUGAAAGAAGCUUCUUUUGUCUAACCCACCUCCUGGAAGCUCUAGUUGUUAAAAAAAGGGAAGACCAAAAACCCUAGGAUCUGCCAUACUAGGUCCUUCCCAUGGUGCCACCCUAUUUACUUUCAUUUUUAAAAUGGAACAAAAAUACCUGUCCUACCACUUAGGGGAAUAAUCUGUAGGUUUAAUGAAAUCAUAUAAAAACUUUAUGGUCGACCAAACAAACGUAUGGAAUGUCAGCCACUUUAUGUGGAGUAACUUCUAAGUUCUACAAAUACUACUGGAGGCUUCCCAUUCCUCUUCAGGCCCUUGACACAUCCUGCAUGGUUUUUAGUUACAGUAUGCUCAACACUCCAGCGAGUUAAAAGUGCAGAAGGAUGGGUGACUUGCCAAGGGCAGCAGAAAGGGACAGAUUCAGAAUCUACUCAACACAAUGGAAAUUCCAAAGGAAAGCUUUACUUUUCCUUUCCACACAGAGCUAACAAACACAGCAGCAGCAUCCGGCGCCCUUAGGAUGGUGGGUGAGAUUAAGAAAUCACGGAAUAACUAACCAGCUUUGGCAGUAUGAAUACUAUGGUAAAAUCCACGCUUGCAUUUUACAGUCCUUUACAAUCCUUACACUGCUUUUAUCGUUUUUAAUGAGUUGAGUAUAAGAAGGUCAGAAGUGAAAACUGAUUCAUGCAAGAUGUACAGUCUGCCACCCACUCAAGCUUCUAGGUUUUAGUUCCACUGUACUCUUAUUAUCAGGCUUAUAAACCAAUCAGAAAUAAUAUGAACUAGGAAAAACAAAGACUGGUUUCAAGAACAGCUGGAAAAUAAAACAUUCUUUUCAAAAAUACAGAAAAAAUUUUUUCAUAGUAGCUAACAUGCCCUUUGUAGGCAUUAAGACAUAGUUCUGUUUGUAACCUUAUCAGUCAUGUUUUCACACUAUAAAAAUCAAUUCUUCCAUAAAAACGGCAUUUCACACUCAUCUUUAAAUUUCGUGGCUAAAAUGUGGUUAAGGUUCUGUACCCAGCUUUGAGUCGCUGGAGUAGCUGCUCAGAGACGCAGCGCUGCCUCAGCUGCAGGGGGUCGGGGAGUCUACGUGCCUGUCCUCCAGGGAAAGGGUUUCACGACACACACGCUGGACUCCCUGCGGUCUCAUCGGUCAAGGGAGCGUUUCUGAGCAGCCUCUGAGCACACGUUUCUUAGUAAGUUGAUCACAGACCGGGGGUCCUCACUCCGCAUGAUGGCGCUGCCGGACACAAUCAUGUUAGCUCCCGCCUGGAAGAAGUGAACAUGGUUACGGCUUUCAGGAGGGCCUGCAGCAGCUCUCCACGACAGUUUCUGUCGCCGCCUCCACAGCCGCGUUGAGAUGGGUGCACCUUAGUAAGGUAGGAAGUUCAAAUGCUCAAGGACGACAAUAUAAAUGUGUUUAAGAAAAAAAAAAUCACUGUCUCUCAGGUUAGACUGACUCAAACUAUGCAGUAUCUUUGCUAAUAUUUAAAUAAGGCUUUAAACCCUCUCAGAGUUUCCCCCAAUGUAUACCAAAGCUCCUACAGAUACUAAGAGCUAUUACUAAUCUCUGAAUUCAUUACGUGAAUUUGUGGAUACUCUGAAAGGACAAUUAUGGUGAACAUGUGAAACUAUCCGUAAGUUAAUGGUAACAUUAAAUUUAAAUAACCUCAUUUUGUGUCAGGAAGAAUGGAAUAUUUAUGCCUCCUUAGCAUUCCAGAAUGCCAGAAAGAUUUUCAAGAUAGUAUUUUAGAAGCAAAGAAAUAAAAAUGAAGAAAACGCAAACAAACCACCUCUUAAGUUUAGUUCUUAAGAUCUGACUUGAAAGUAUUCCAAUCUGUUUAGCAAUUCAUUGCAAGAAAGGGCAGGAGGAAAACCACAGAGAAAACUCUAUCAGUGAGACCCUGCCAUAUGACAAUAGUGAGGUCUCCAACGUUCCUUAUAGAAAUCACAAAAGUAUGGCACAGAUAACACUUCACACGCCUCUUCAUUGGAACAGGAAUAGCAUAACAGUUUAACAGACAGCAAUCUAUGAGGGACAAAUGAAUAAAUAUUCAAAAGCAUCUGGGUGGUAUGCUCCUCCAUAAAACAUCUAUUGCUGUCAAUUUUUUUUUUUUUUUUUGUCUUUUUGAGGCAGGUUCUCCCUAUGCAGUUCAGGCUGGUCUCGAACUCGCAAUGACCCUCCUGCCUCGGCUGAGUGCUGGGAUUACAGGAGUACACCACCAUCCUUGGCCUGCUGUCAAGUUUUGACAGGUAUGUACCAAGGAGAAAAGCGUGGCUAUCAGAGCAGAAACCAGAAGUGCAGACACACUCCCCUGCUGAAUAAAAGUGAGCCAUGUAGAUAGGCGUUGACGGUGUACUCCUGGCACUCAGCAAGCAGAGGAGUGACUCACAAGUUCUGGCCAGCCUAGACUUCACAGAGAGGUCUCAGAGAAGCUUGUACCACCCCACCCCAAAGCAAGCAGGCAGCGUAAGCAGUAAUUCCCUACAGUGGCAUUCCAGGCCUCACAUCCUCUUAGCUACGUGAAAACAGAACAAACGCUUGUCACUGCUACAGGGUCAAACGGACAUCAGGCAGACUUUCAUCAAAAGCUGUUCAGCUCUUACAAGUGACAAAUAGGUGACACUUCUAAAAACCAGUAUGAUAAUUAGGUCAACUAAAUUUCCUUAGACAGUAAAAAGCAAUGAAAGAUAUCGUUCCUUUCCCUCAUCUGGAAGAUUUCUCACUCAAGGCCUUGCAGCCAGAGAGCUGGCAUUUGAUACCUUUUUUCUCCAUUAAUGAACAUUACUGAAAUAAUUUUCUACUUAACAAUUUUAUGUUAUUUUAGAAAUUCACUUAUUGUUCUGUUUUCCUAGUUUUACAUUUGGACAAGAGCAUCAACAACCACAAAGCACUUUCCCAAGAAAGAAAGUCAAUCCAGGAAACACAGGAGAACUGUCUAGGGCCACCCAACAGUGACAGCAAGGGUGCAGUCAUAGUCAAGGUCACCCGGUGGUGUCACUCACCUCUGCACACUUAUGGACAGUGUCAGGACCCACGCCACCAUCCACCUCUAUGUCCAGGGACGGAAACUGGGUCCUCAGCCAGUGGACCUAGACACAUUGAACAAGUAAGUGACUCCUGAGCAGGAAUGUGGGGAAAAAACAGCCCUGACAGACAAAAAAUCAAAUAGGUCAUUAGCUAGCCCCUAAAACGCCAACCCUCUCAAAUAAAGACAUUAUCUGUAAAAAAAUAAAUAAAUAAAAUAAAUAAUAAUAAUGAGGAACACAUGCUUUUUAAUGUACAGAAAUGAACUUUAUAAAAGGAAGUUUUCUGCUUGACAAACGAUGUUCAAUUUGCCAUGGUUUUGCAGAGCCUAGAUUUUUAUGGAAACAAAACAAGCAAACCAUUGAUACUCAGUGAAAACCCCAAGAUAUCCCAAAGUAUCUAGAGGCCACAGAGAUAAAGGUUUCAAAAGGAAAUAGGUAGGCAUAUAACAGCAGUGCUCCAUUCAAACCCUAGAUGUCACUGGCUGCUCACACUGUACUAGAAUGAAGUAGGCACCCUGUCCCAGUGUAACAUAAACCACCCUCUCUAUAUACACUAUGCGAAUAAACACACAAGCUACUAAAUCCUUCUGUUACCUUUGGCAUCAUGUCCUCCAUGAAUUUCUGUCCUCCAAACCCAGGUUCCACUGUCAUGACCAAGGCCAUAUCGAUUUGAUUAGCCCAUGGUGCCAAAUACUCAACCGUAGUUCCAGGUUUGAUGGCAAGGCCAACCUGUGACAGAGAUAAAGGUGCUACUUCACACAAACAAUCAUUUCCCUGUGUUACAGGGGCAUCGCAGACCUAGCAGGAAUAUAGAUUCGUAUUUUUUAAAAAAUGGAAUUAUUCAGAACAUUACGUAAGUCUUUUUUCUUUUUAAAUCAGUAUUUCGGCUAUCAAAUAUAAAUGGCUCCAAACAGCAGUAACCUGCAGAAACAAUUAACAGAAUAUACACAUCCUAUCUGACAAACAACUUACACUUCAUCUCCAGCUUCACAGCUAAAGAACUGCUGUGUAAGUUAGGUCUUCUUUACCUGCCGGUUCCCAUGUUCCACCAAAUCGACUGCCAUCGCGGACCUCUUACCUUCAUCCCGUUCUCCCGGAUGUCUUUGAUCAAAGCCCCGGGGUUGUCGGUGGCCUCGAGAUGAAAGGUGUAUUGAUUGGCUCCCGCGACGGCCAUUGGCUUCACCCACUGCUCGGGCCUGGCCACCAUCAUGUGCAUGUC